CAGCAACAGUCCCACGGGUAGCGGCAGCAACAGCAACAACAGCGCAGGUUUCCAGCGCACCAGCAUCAGCAACUCGCUGCUGCAGUUCCCGCCGCCCCCGCCCCCUUCCUCACAGAACCAGGCGAAGAUCUUUCCCCACUCCCACGCCCCCACUCUUAAAACGAUGCUAUGGAAGCUGCUCUCUCGCAACUCUCUCUCUCUGUCUCCACUCACUAUCUCUCUCACGCGCUGACAAUGGGUGCAUUCAGCAGUUUAAUCGCGGCUCUGUGAUCACCUAAGCUGUGAUCGGUGAUCGGUCACUAGAUUUCUAUCGUACAAAAUGUAGAUCGACUUUUCAGAAGCAAUUUCAAUCAUAAAACGUAUUCACCGUACUCAUGCCAUAAAUUAGUUUACAUUCUAAUAUUCUCAUUUAUGUGAUUACCAUUAGAAAAUUUCCCAAUCAAAAUAAAGCGAAGAAAGCGCAAUGACAUUUGCUGAGUGGGCUGCCAGAUUUAAUUUGUACAUUCUACAUAAUUUAGCUGCAGCUAUAUUUAGGUGUCUAAAAACGAUAUAAAAAGGACAUAAACUAAUUUGUUGUACAACUCUAGUCACACAAAUAUUAUUUGUUAGUCAGUUGGCUCAAAUGAGAAUGCAAAUAAUUUGGGAUAAAAACUUCAGAGUUUUGCAAUCGAUAGUCAGUGGAAACAAUAAACUUUUAUUCAAAUUGGUUAUUUGAAAGACGGUCGGUUAACAUAUUUCAGUGAGUAAGUCGGAUAUAUAUUUAUAUAUUUUACGAAUCCUCGUAUAUUUGCGACAAUAUGUUCUUUCGAAAACGGUGAUAAAUAAAUCGGACUUCUAAUCGCUAAGUCCCAUUAUAAAUCACGUAUUACUCAUAUCCGAAUUUGCGAGACUCUGCUGAAUGCGCUCGUUUUAUUAAGCCACGCAAUCACGGCCUACGUUUCAAGUCGAACCAGAUCACACAGAUACUCGAAAGUACAAACAACACAACGCACAUACGUAUAAAUCACAGGUAUGACGACUGAGUUAACUGCCAAACCUGCUGAAUUAUUGAACAGUGUUGUUUUUGGCGAACAGCACUGGCAAUGAAAUUGCAAAUGGUCAUGGAAAUAUUGUAGAGCCCGGCGUCUAAUUGGCUCCAAGAGUUGUACGUUUCUCUUAUCGCGUCUGCUGUUCAUUUGUUUGUUCUUUUUUUUUAUUUUUCUUCACCGGCGAUAAUAAAUACACGCACCCACCACUCGAGCUGCAAAGAAAUGGAGGUGCCUCUUGGUCGGCGUCUCUGAAAUCCAGGUGUGUGUUUGCAUACGAAUUUUGCCAGUGAAAAUGAAACAACAACCGCCAGCUGACACCUUCUGUUUUUUGUGCUGCUUUAUCGGCAGGGACUUAUGUCUUAUGUAUUUAUAUUCACAUUUUUUAAGUGGUUACAUUUUGUUUAUUCUGAAGGAAGCACAAGCAAACUGGUUCCAUUUGACAGGCCAAGUUAUUAUUAACAUUAGCCAGAUUCGAAUUUGUUUAUGGCCAAAAAAGGAAGGCACUUUCCAUCUCGAUCGAUUCAGUUGUAUCGACUUGUUUGGAAUCCCUGCGAUCAGCUACAUACAUAUAUUGAAUUUUAGUUUAAUAAUUUUGUUUUUCAUUUGUAUUGGUUUUCAAUUUCAACAGCAUGAUCCGCGUACCAUAUGUUUUCCAUAAAAAUUCGAUAAAAGCUAGAGAAAUCAAUUUGAGUAUUGUUUAUUUGUUCAAUAGUUUUUUGACGUUUCGAAGAAUCUAUGCGAAAACUGCUGCUUGAAACAUAGAACUUGUAUUAAAUGUUUCCAGGAGAAUAGAAUAUAAUUUCUAUUAGGAUGUCCCAUAAAAACUAAGUUGCUGCUGAUUACUUUGUCAAAUGUAUAUGUAAAAAAACAAUUUAGAUGUAUCUCCCACCUUAUUUGGCAUGCAGUUCCUCCUCCUGUUUUUUCUGACCUUCUCAUCCGCGUAUUCAAAUGAAGGGAAGAAGGGGCUUCAGAGAAACCUCUACGUAACGGACAAUUAUCACCAGAAUGUGGUGUCCAUACGGACGCGCAAACACAUUCGCGAUUGGGGUGACAAUCACUUCUGUGCCGGCUCCCUCCUCUCCGCCUGGUGGGUCGUCACCUCCGGCUGUUGUGUGAGCACCAGGCCGGAGAGCACACCAAACCAGUCGAGUAAUCGCAAGAAUCUAAGGGUUGUCGUCUUCACGCCCCUGCGAUUGAAAAAGCCAUCUCCCAAGAACAUCUACCACGUUCAGAAGAUUGUGUUGGACGAGUCCACCAUGAGUGGGUGCUCCGAAUUGGCUCUGCUGAAGUUGGAUCGCGGCGUUACUGGCCAAAGGUUUGCCAUGAUGCUGCCGGAAAAGGAGUUGAACAGCACUUGGCUUUGCAACUCUCUCGGAUGGGGCAGGAUUUACUACGUAAGUUAUGUUAUGUAUAUAUCUGCACCGCAUUCAUGCAUUCUAUGUAGCAUGGUGUAUGUACCAGAUAACCCAGUUACUUGGUUCCAGGACGGACCCUACUCGAGCGAGCUGAUCCAAAUCAGAGCCCAGAUGAUUUCGGAGUAUGACUGCAAGCCUGGUUGCAGCAGCUGCCUGUGCAUGAGUAGCUAUACAGGCAGGGGCAAUAUGUGCCAGCAGGAUUUGGGCAGUCCGCUCUUCUGCGAUCACUUUCUGUACGGCGUGGCGCGUCGGGUGGUCACUUGCCAGGAUGAGGGCUUCAUGGUGUACACCAAUGUCUACCGAAACCGCAAGUUCAUCGAGGACACAUUGAGUGGCGCACCCUGGCCAAAAAAGUCCAAUGUUUUCGUCUAUUUCUUUGUGCAACUGAUGUUAGCAUCGUUUUCGGUAGUUUCAUCUGAUUGAAUAUGAUAUUACAAACAAGAAAGCACAGGAUAUUUAAAGGAUUAUACACAGUAGAUCCCAAAAACGAAGUCUCUCAGUUUUUAAAAUAUCUUUAAUGCAGUACUGACUCAUUCUCUUUAAAUAGUUUCUGACUUUAGUUCAAUGUCAAUAAGCGGUGUUACCACCUACUCAUACUCUUGUCGUAGGAUGUUGACCCACAAUAUGGUUUUUUAGAGCAUUGUGUCCGUGAAUUCGAGUGACUUUCCGUCUGUGAAUUGUAUCUUGAUUGAAUCUCGAUAGUUGAAGUUCAGGGUCGUGUGUGCGUGUGUUUAAUCACUCGACUUGUCUUCCCCAUUCAUCAGUUGAUGAUCGCUGAUCGAUUGCCAAAAGUAGCAGCAGACACUAGCCAGCCCCCUAGCCCUUCCCACCCGCCCCCGUUCCCCCUUCUCUCCCUUCUCACCCUCUCACCCCGUUACUUUUUGUUUUCCUGUAGUUUUGGUUUCGCCUAUUUCGAUUCUUCUACUGUCUGGUAGCUAGCUCUCUUUCCGUUUCUAUUCCUCACCCACUCUCUCUUUAAACGCUUUCAUUGAAAUGGUUGUUUUGUACAGUGCAACUUCACUAACCCGAACUUUUGGUAGUCCAACUGAAUAACUAUAAUUUUAACAAAAAUGAGCUUAACAAUAAAAUGUAGUAUAUUAUUAAAAGCUUUUUUUUACCAACAAAAUUAUUCUUCAAAUAGUAUAUAUUUGUUGUAUCUUUUGGUCUAUUUCGUUGUUUUCUUUUAGUUUCUUAUGUGUCAAUAUCUUCUGAAUACUUUUUAGUUUCUUCUAUAUAUCAUAUAAGUUCGUUGCUUGGGAGGCUUUACUGUCAUA